AUGGAGGAGCUCCGUAACAUUCAUCACUCGGCGCAAGAGGGCCGUUUGGAAGAGGCAUUGCUUCGACGUGUUUUGGACUUUGCGCGGCAUCGUCCCUUUCAUGCCUUUCACAGUCUUCGCUGGCGGUUGUUGCUGGGACUUCUUCCGGUGAAUGUGGAGGCUGGAAGGCACUUCCAUGAAUGGGAGGAAUGCACCCGCGCUGGAAUACGCGACUGGAAUGAAAUGAACGACAAUUUGCAGCAACGUCUCGUGGCUACCGAUUCUGCUGUGCGACCUGUGGAGAAAAAGGGGCUUGUCAGUAAAGAUGAGUUCUCCUCCUUUUCCUCGUCCUCCUCCUGCCCUGAUGACGGGGAAAGUAGGACGGUGGAGAAUCCACUUCUUCCGGGGGUGGGGAGUUUGUACGCUCUUCGGUAUUGCGUGGAUACGAUACGCGCCACCGCACAGAAAGAUUUGGAUCGACUUCACUGGGAUUUUCCGUUGUUUGAGAAGUCCACGACAAGAAAAGCCCUGAUGGAUCUUAUUGUCAAUUACUGCCUUCGGCAUGACUAUGAGUACAAGCAGGGCAUGCAUGAGAUCGCAGCAUUUAUUUUUUACCUGAAUCACACCGACAGCGCCCUUUUGGAGGAAAUUUCAAAGAGCCCUGAGGAGGCGGAUAAGGCGCUGAUUGAUGGAUUUGGCCGCAUAUGUCCCAUAAACGGUGUGAUGGCGAUGACAUUUUCACUGUUUGAGAACGUUAUGGGUGGGUCUGGGCUGCGUUUGUACGAAUGGUACCACAGCAGUGAGGAGUAUGCACGAGACGGCAUUGCCACGGCGUCCCACAGGACACAGAGGGAAUUACUGGCAGAAUUUGACCCCGUGUUGCACCAUCAGAUGAAUGUGGUGUAUGAGAUUGAAGGCACGUCGUAUCUAAUACGUUGGUUACGUCUUCUUUACCUUCGGGAGUUUUCCAUUCCCCAAUGUGCGGACUUGUGGGAUGUAUUUUUAUCGGAACGCUUUCUUGCAAGACACGAUGAUUAUAGUCUGAACAACAGUAUCGUAACGAUGCUUGCAGCAUCCAUGUUGUUCUAUGUGAAGCAAGAUCUCAUGGUGGGGUGUAUCGACGCCCUGAAGCGUCUGAUGAAGUAUCCACCAGUGGAGGAUGUGGGCACGUUGGUGGAAAUGACAAUCAUGCAACAAGACCCGAAAAAGAAUGGGAUUGGCCGUUAUUUUACUCCUCCAGAACGUCAUGAGUUAUUUGGAUCAAAAACACCUCCGCCGAUGGAGGAGACAUCGGCACUCGCCACAUCGUCCGCCCUACUUUCCCCAAUCGAGGUCAUGAAUCAACAAGGCACCAUCUUGGCGUCCAUUAUUGCACGACUGGAGUUGCUGUGGAUGCCGUCAUCCGACGCGAUGUCCAACGACGCCGGGCACGCGGCCGAGACCCACGCUCGCACCAUCGAGGAACUUAAAAAGGUGCGUGAUGUUCUUUUGUUUUCCAAUGGGAGCAAAACACACUACGCUUAG